CGCCCACCAUGUACGCCUUUGUGCGGUUCCUGGAGGACAACGUCUGCUACGCGCUGCCAGUGUCGUGCGUGCGCGACUUCAGCCCCCGCUCGCGGCUGGAUUUUGACAACCAGAAGGUGUACGCCGUGUACCGGGGCCCGGAGGAGCUGGGCGCCGGGCCCGAGAGCCCCCCGCGCGCCCCCCGCGACUGGGGCGCGCUGCUGCUCCACAAGGCCCAGAUCCUGGCGCUGGCAGAAGACAAAUCUGACCUUGAAAACAGUGUGAUGCAGAAGAAAAUAAAAAUCCCCAAACUUUCUCUCAAUCACGUAGAAGAAGAUGGGGAGGUUAAAGAUUAUGGGGAAGAAGAUUUACAGCUUAGACACAUCAAGAGACCCGAGGGGCGGAAGCCGAGCGAAGUGGCGCAUAAGAGCAUUGAGGCCGUGGUGGCCCGGCUGGAGAAGCAGAACGGCCUGAGCCUGGGCCACAGCACGUGUCCAGAGGAGGUCUUCGUGGAGGCCUCGCCGGGCACGGAGGACAUGGACAGUCUGGAGGACGCCGUCGUGCCCCGGGCUCUGUACGAGGAGCUGCUGCGCAACUACCAGCAGCAGCAGGAGGAGAUGCGCCACCUCCAGCAGGAGCUGGAGCGGACUCGGAGGCAGCUGGUCCAGCAGGCCAAGAAGCUCAAGGAGUACGGGGCACUCGUGUCGGAAAUGAAGGAGCUCCGCGACCUCAACCGGAGGCUCCAGGACGUGUUGCUCCUAAGGCUUGGCAGUGGUCCCGCCAUUGACUUGGAAAAAGUAAAGUCAGAAUGUCUCGAGCCCGAGCCGGAGUUACGGAGCACUUUCAGUGAGGAAGCAAAUACGUCGUCCUAUUACCCCGCUCCUGCACCUGUCAUGGACAAGUAUAUCCUAGACAAUGGCAAGGUCCAUCUGGGAAGCGGGAUUUGGGUUGAUGAGGAGAAAUGGCACCAGCUACAAGUAACCCAAGGAGAUUCCAAGUACACAAAGAACUUGGCAGUCAUGAUUUGGGGAACAGAUGUUCUGAAGAACAGAAGCGUCACAGGAGUUGCCACAAAAAAAAAGAAAGAUGCGGUCCCUAAGCCACCCCUCUCGCCUCACAAACUAAGCAUUGUCAGAGAGUGUUUGUAUGACAGAAUAGCACAAGAAACUGUGGAUGAAACUGAAAUUGCACAGAGACUCUCCAAAGUCAACAAGUACAUCUGUGAAAAAAUCAUGGAUAUCAAUAAAUCCUGUAAAAAUGAAGAACGAAGGGAAGCAAAAUACAAUUUGCAAUAAACUUUGGAUUUUUCAUAAAGCCUUAUCGUUUUCCUUGCGUGGCUUGUGAUUUGCGGGCAAUGGUGCUGUCCAGAUCAGACCCCACCGUGUGUGGUGGGAUGUGGGCAGGGAGCCAGCAGGUUUCCAGGGUCAUCGGCUUGCCCUGAACUUCGACUCCCCAUUCCAAAGAAGUCAGACGGAUUUGCUGAGACUCAGGCAGCAACCCGGUGCCAGCAUCAUUCUGGGGCUGGGGAAAGCACUGUCUUUUCGGAGGGGGAUAAAGUGUCUCUGAGUUGCCUAUCACUUGACUGAGAAUUUGAACUAAUAUUUUUACCAUUCAAGGACUUCUAUCUCUGUUCCUCUAUUUUGUUCUAUAAUAAAGCUUCAUUAAUUCUUUGAUGUAGACAAUCAUUAUCCUCAUUUAUUUAAGGAUAUCAAGUGUACAGAGGAGGCGACCAGUGUCCUUUGAGGGCGGAACAUUCAGGCUGAAAGCAAGAAAAUUCGUAAGGGGUGUGGUUGCUGUCUGCAGAUCUGAAGGGCUGUCUCGAAACCAGAUUACUUUCUCUUACUUCAAGGGACAGAUCUAGGACCAGACGCCUUUCUCACUCAAGAUGAUCUGAGAUCCAGCUUCCUUGAUAAAUUGAAUCCAUCUCAGUGAAAGGGUGUAGGGGGCGGUAAUGUGAGAUGUGGUCCAACGUUACCUUCAGGAAGUAGGGGUCAAUGUCACCGUGUGUCAGUUCGUUUAUCCUUUUAUAUCUCAAAUGAUCUUUCAAGUUACAUAAUUUUUAUCUCAUUCAGCAACUGCUUCGCUAAGGUGCCUGGUGCACAAUCUGGCAAACCACAUUCGAUCUUCCUGUUGAUUUGCACUUCGUGUAAUGCCUGUGAAGUCAGCGUGGUGUAUUGGAAAUGGCAGGGGUUUGGGGCUGAGCGCCUGGGUUCCAAGCCUGGCUCCCCUGCUUGCUUUGGGCUUAACCUAAUCUCUUGAGUUUCCGUUUUCUGUUCCGUAAAAAGGAGAUGAUAUCUACCUUGCAGAGUUGCUAUAAGAAUUCUUUAUAUAUAAAGUGUUCAAUAAAUGUUGCCGAUUAUUAUUUUCUUCAUUUCUGGUUAUUGGCUUUUAGGCAUUGGUUGGAAAACUUCGGCCUCUGGUUUCUCUAGUACUUUUAUCUGCGAGACCAUUGAAGGUCUAUAAGCAAAAGGUCAAGGUCAAUGAGUAGGGGAGGUGGCUGCCUCUUUGAGGAAUUUUAUUUUAGUAAAUAAAAGAAUCCUUUGUAAUGUGAAAUAUUGUAUGCUUGAUAAUAGGAUGUGUAGAUGUGAAUUUCCUUUUGUGGCAUUUCCC